AUGAGUGUAAGUGUCAACAUUGGAAAGCAUCCUAAAAAUGUCAAACAAGAUGAGAAUGGAUACUAUUAUACCGAUGACUCCGGUGGAAGAGUUAAUCUUACGGAUGAAUGGUACCCUGACCCAGAAGGAACGUACAGAAAGUUAACACAUACACCAGAGAGCAAUGCAAAAAUCAGUGCUAUUGUUUGUAGUGGAUCACAACAAAACGGCUUUGAAGAAGCUAGCCUCCCUGAUUGUGGAUUAAUUUCUGUUUACUAUUGGUCAUUAGAUAAUACUUGUAGUAAGCCACUACUCAUUCAACUUGGUAGCGGAAAUACGUAUUAUAUCACUGAAGGUGGUGAUGGUUGGAAGAAUCAGAGUGAUAUAAACGACACUAAUCUCAGGAAGAAACUUAACAAACAAAACUGUAAAAGAAACCAGGCACAUACUAUAGAUCUCUCUAAUAAGGGAAAUACUACUUACUCUUGCCCAAGUUGUAGAGCAAGUAUCCGUGUUUACAACAGUGGUUCCUACGGAGGCAUAACCUCCUAUGGACAUGCGAUUACUUCAAUAUCUGGGUUCAAGGAUAAUACUGAUGAUCAAAUUGGACUUCCAUCUCUAAAGGAUGUUAGCAGCGUUACUGUUUUUUGGAGUAAGUCAGGUGGAAUACCACUCCUAAUCGCCCAUCAAAAUGGUUGGCAUAAUUGGUAUAGGAGAAAUAGUGACACUGUUAAUACUUGGAGUGAAGUUUCCCAGUAUGAUAGACCUACAGGCCCUAGCGAUGAAGAUGGUAAUAUGCAGAAACUUCUCCAACGCAAUUACUAUUAUCCUUCCAUCAUUAUAGAUCUUUCCAGACCAACUAAUGCAACAUACUCUGAUAAAGGUACAGGUAUAGAUAUAACUGUGAGAAGUACUUCAGUUUAUGGUGGUUAUCAUAUGUUUGAACAUUCUCUGAGGGGUGGAUUAUUUAAACUAAAUGGAGUUCAACAUACUGAACAAACUAAUCUGAAUGGUAUAACGUCUGACGGUGAGCUAGGUAGAAAAUUGGAGAGUAUAACUGCCUGCUAUUAUGGAGAUCAUCCUUCAGAAGAGAAAAGGCUUCUCUUGGUAGAACUGGUUGUUAGUGAGAGAGAAACGAAAUACAAGUACUAUUAUAGGACAACUAAAGGUGCAGAUUCUUGGACAAAGCUUGAUAGAUCUGAAGGAGAAACUACUAGACUAAAGGAUAACUCUCUAAAGGAAGAACUUGAGAGACUAAAGAAGGAACACUUUCCAGAUACACCAGACCCUUCCCCAGUAGCUCCGUCUCAAUCAUCCGAAGCUAAAGAUUAUAGUUCUGUCCCUGAGAAAUCUACAUCACCAGUUGGUCCAUUAGUUGGAGGAACUGUAUGUGCACUGGUAACUCUUGUGGCUAUGGUCUUGUUGGUAAAGUUUUGGCCAAAAGUAAGGACGAGAUUCGUUGGAAUAUGGAAUGGUUUUGGUAUUCAUAAAAAAGGAGAAUUGAACAUGUGA